GUACACGGGGGUGACGAGGAGGUGGGCAUGAGCAGUAGAGGGAACGGAGCAGCCGCCGAAAGCGUAAAGAGAGCCAUAAUUCGCCGGGCCGCCCCGCAAUCAGGUUCGUGCUUUUACAAUCCGCCUUACUCGUGACAUUCAUCGGACGUAAAAAAAGGACGGUAGUGUGCACGUUUUUACUUUAUGUUACUCGCCUCCGGCUGGACCGUUCGGUAAAUUCUCGCGCUACGUGCGAAUCUACGCGAGAUAAAGAGAAGGAAAGAGAGAGAGAGAGAGAGCGACGUACGCGCGUUUUAAGACCGAUUCAUUGAUCCUUUACACGCGUAGCAUCGCGCGCGCGGCUUCGCGAUUCGUAUGUCGCGCUUCCGAGGGGACGAGUCGAGUGUCGCCGCGCAAAAGAGAGAGAGAAGCUGCGGAAGUAGUGGUGCCGCGCGAGGCGCGCGAAGAAGAAGAAAAUGAAAAGGAACGCAGUGCCUCAUUGACAGCAUCGCACCGAAGUCAUUCUGCCUGUCACAGUUCGUUUCUGCCUAUCAGUUGGUCAGUUCUUCGUUACACACAACUCGCUGGAUUCCCAUCUUUUCGCUCCAAUCGCCUCCACAUGUAGCCUCCUCGUAUCAAGGACGAAAGGACUCAUCUCUACUUAUUUUCAACUUCUAAUGCGACUAAGACACCAGGGAAAAAUACGGCCUGCAGAUACCAGAUACCAAAGAUACCAGAACGGAGGAAAGAAGAGUGUGCAGUCAGAAAACAGAAGAGAUAAACGAAAAGAGAAAGAAAUGAAAAGUAAAAAGUGAAUAAAAGCCGGAAGUGGAAUGGCUCAUUUUCCGUCAUUGGAUGUCGGACUGACGCGUCGACCGCGACGCAGAAGGGCAGAAGGUGCAAGCAUUUCGGUAUGCGCGAAAAAGUGAUAUACACUGACGUCUCCGAGGAAGAGUUAAACAUUAAGAGGGGGCGAGAGAAAAAGAGAAGAUUUAUUUCUAUCAGGCUUACAAACCAGAAACCGGGAUGGCGUAAUGCAAAUAGUUCCUCGAGAAGUAUCUGAUUAUCAAUUAUAUGAGCAACGCCCAAAUAAUCAAAAUAAAAAAAAAGUAGCCAAAUACUUCAAUUUCGGGGAACUAUUCAGUAGAUAUUACACUUUCGUACUGCAGUAUCUAAUACCAUUUGGUACUGUCAAACUAAAGAAGAAACAUCUAAAAAGUUCAUCACUGGACAUCUCUAAGCUAGCAGGAGAUUGCCGCACUUUCAAACAAACAGUAGAGGACGCCAACCGCGAAUCAUCAAAAUAAGCAAAAAGCGCCUCUCGUCAAGCGUACGCACUCUUCUAUCUUCUAUCGUUUUGUGGUCUCAGUCCGUCGUUUCACCACGCGCUCCCAGGUGCCACUUCUAUCAUGACCCAAGUACUAUGAAAUUCUUCAACGUGGUGUACGCGAAGUUUCCCCUAUACCUACUUUUAUUUGGGCGUUUACCUUUCAUUUGUUGGCUUUCACUUCUGACAACGGCUAUUGCGUAAGCGGUAUCUGUGUGACGAAGCAUCGAACAAUUGCAGUACGGUCACAGGUCAUUCGUUGUAACUUAAUCCUAGCGUAAAUUCCGGCGCGAUUCGAGGGGGUUCCUACGAGGAAUCGAGAACGGAAGCGUGAGUGUGAACUGAGAGAGACUGGUGAUCGGUGAAGUGGUAGUCUGAGGGUAGAGUGACGAGGUGUGCGAGCACGAUAGCACCGCGGAUCGUGAUUCCCAAGGGGACGGACGCCAUGGCGGCUUCUUCGUCCUCAUCGACCGGCGGAGAGCAGCAAUACUCUCUUCGAUGGAACGACUUUCAAUCGAGCAUCCUCAGCUCUGUACGUCAGCUGAGAGAUGUGGAGGACUUUGUCGACGUCACGCUCGCCUGCGACAGCUGCAGCUUUACCGCACACAAGAUCGUCCUUUCGGCCUGCAGUCCGUACUUCCGAAACCUGCUCAAGGCAAAUCCAUGUCCGCACCCAAUUGUAAUCUUGAAGGACGUGGCAUCGUCGGACAUGGAAUCCUUGCUGCGUUUCAUGUACCAUGGCGAAGUGCACGUGGGACAAGAGCAGCUACCUGCCUUCCUGAAGACGGCUCAGAUGCUUCAGGUGCGGGGUUUGGCGGACGUUAAUAGCGGCGCGACGAAAAUUCCGUCGUCGUCGGCCGGCAACAACGGUAGCGCACCUGCGACCCCGCGUAACUGGCAGGAUAAUGGCAGAGGAGAUCUCAAUGAAAGUGAGUUGAGCCCACCGGAGAAGCGAGCGAGGAGUUAUAGCCCGCCAAUGGGUAACCAUGUCGAACAAAAGUCGGAUCUUCAGGACUCAUUGUUAGGUCAAGCACUCGAAGGUGGCCCCACGAUACACACGGCAUCCUCAAACAAUAUACAGGCGCAGUCGACUGGUGAAGACUCAAACUCUAUGUCGGAAAACGAAGAGGAAAUAUCGAACCACGGCAGCAUCCUGAACGCGGUGAAGACCGAGCCAAGUGACAUUUUAAAUGACUCCUUAGAACACCACCGUAACAGCUUCCCCGCAGCGUUGUUGAGUCUUCAAGGUAUGAACAUGCCAGGACCUUCCGGUAUGCAUCAGGUAGCUAAUCAGGAUCCAAAUUACGUCACUCGACGAAGUCUGGAUAUGAUACGAGUUCGUGCAACGGAUCCUAGGCCGUGUCCGAAGUGUGGAAAGAUGUAUCGUUCAGCACACACAUUGCGCACUCAUUUGGAAGACAAACAUACAGUCUGUCCGGGGUACCGCUGUGUUCUAUGCGGAACGGUAGCAAAGUCUCGAAAUUCGCUACAUUCGCAUAUGUCAAGACAACACCGGGGAAUCAGCACGAAAGAUCUUCCAGUUAUGCCGAUGCCUAGUAAAUUUGAUCCUGAGUUGGCGUCCCGUCUUUUAGCUAAAGCUGGAGUCAAGGUGAGUCCGGCUGAACUCCGCGCACGAGCCAGCCCAACGGCAUCUCGAAGAAGUGACAUUAGGUUGGAGCCACCUCGUGCGGGUGCGUCCGAAGUUGACAGCUGCGGCGGUGACGACCCGGAGGAUCUUAGUCUAAGGUAUAGUUCGUCAAUUUCGAACACUGUUAUCACUAAGGUAAGCGGCAACAGCAACAGCAGUAGCAAUAGCAAGAAUUCGGCAACGAUCGUCCCUAAGUCUUUGGAUACUAUGCAUGGUAAUGGUGAUCUCACUAUGGGACCGUUGCCACAUGGCAGCCAUCAUCCAGUCCACCACAACACCAGUGCGAUUGCUGGCUCGGCAAUUUUGGACACCUAUUUGCAACUUAUCGCGGAGAACUCUGGUCUGUCGGCGAUGGGACUUGGUCCAGAGCACGCGGCCGCCGUAGCUCAUGCCGCUAAGAUGCGCUUGGGUAUAGACAAGCAUGGUGGACGCAACUUGGAGGAUUAUCCUAUGAUUGGCAGAGACGAAGGUCGAGGAUCCGCAGUCAUUCACGAGGAUAGACACGAUCACGACAGACAUAGCGGACUUAUCGAUGAUGUGGAAUCGUCAGGUGUGGACGAUGAUGAGUUUAGCGAGAAUGAGGAAUCAGAAGUGAUAAAGGAAUAAAGAUUCCUUUCUCCUAGCUAAUGAUUACAAACGGCAUCUUCGAAGAAAUUGACAAUUCUUCGAAUAGCGUUUGCAACCUUUUCAAUGAAGAAGGAAAGGUAAUCUGUACUAAAUCGUCCAUCCGAGGAAUCAACCGAUGAUUCUUGUUUCUUGUGCUAUUAUUGCGCGUAAUAGCUUGUGAAGUUUAUUGAAUGUCAGAUUUACUGAAUUACAGAUUUAAAGAGUCAAAAAGUCUAAAGUAUUUUGACGCCGACUAUACAGACGACAUACGUGAACGAGCUUGCUCGUUGGACUAAAGUCACUUAGCUACUACUAAGUGCAUACAUAUGUAUAUGUGCAAAAUCUUGUACAUAUGCAAACACGUACACACGCACAUACACACACGCAUACACACAGUAAAAGCGCAUGUGCGCGAUGAAGCACCCACAUAUACGUCACAAAUAUUCCAUCCAUCUACCUCAAUGCACAUAAUAGAUAGAACAGACUAAGUCGAAUCUCAGUAAAGAAGGAGCAGAUGAAGUACGCCGCUGGAUCGCAGAACAACAAUGAUCGCAAGGUUUGAAGAUUGACGAUUGCUGCUAUCGAACAUGAUGGUUAGACAAAACAAUUUUAUUGUUUAAUUUCAGAAUAUUUAAGCGGCUAAAAAAUUGACGUGCGCUAAUUAACAAUAUUUGUUAUAUUAUUAUUAUCAUUAUUAUGAAUAAUAUUGAAGAUACGCUUAGAUAUAUUGUUUAGAUUUAUAGAAAUAUUAGACAACAUUUAGAUACUUCAAUAUUUUUUUAUUUGGGUAACGCGUGUAUCAAUGUGUUAUGUCGUAUCUAUAUAUGCAUGCACAUAUAUAACUGAAUGCGUUCACACAUUGAUAUAUAAAUGACACUCAAUUUCAAUCAAAAAAUUUUUAGAAAGCUGGAAAAAUGUUUUAUUUUUCAAUUUAUUUUUGCCAUAAAAAGUAAAAAAAAUAUGUUUCUAAUAUUUUAUUUUUUUAAUCAUAAAAAAUAAAAGGUACUAUUAUUGAACAACGAGAAAAUCUUGAAAAAAAUUUUAUAUUAUUUUUAUUUAAGUGAAGCUUUCAGAAACAAGAGAUGUCAUUUGUAUAGUGUGUUAAUAAUGUUUCAUACACUUCGAAUUUCUUCUCCCAAAGAAUACGAAGAUUGAUGAACCAUGAAAUAUCCUUGUAAUUGACGUACCAAAUACUUAUAGAUUUUAUUCGCGAUAUAAUUACGGUAAUAAUUGUGUUUCAGUUUUGUUCCAAUUAAACAUUCUUCAACAGAACUUAAAUAUAACUGCACGUAUUAUCAGUUUGUUUAAGUUUCGAUCCCGAUAAUGUAAUAUUGGAUUUUCAAGAUUAAUAUUUUACCAGAACAAUAUACUGUUUUUUAGUUUUACAUUUUAGUAAUAUAAUUACUUAUACGUUUUGCUACAAUGCUUAUAAAUAUAGUUACAGUGUGUCUCCUUUUUGAAAGGUGCCUAUCUACUUUAACUGCAGUUUGUUGUGAAGAAAAAAAUUUAUGUUUCAGUUUUAAAGCAAGUAGCAUAUCCACUAAGAGAAUUUGAGGAAAAAUUAUAUACAGUUGGUAAUUUUGCAAUUAAAAUGAGAAAUAGCAAUUAUUUAUACAUAAAAAUGUGCCAAAUAGUAACGCUUUUUUGAAAAGUUGAAAGCACAAGCACAAUUCAUUAUUUUAUAUUUAUUCGAUUUGAAAGGCAGUUUGAGCGAAGCGAAACUGGAAUGCAAUUAAAUCGUCAUCAUAUCAGAGCAGUAAAAAACCUUCAAUGCACUCGAUUGCACACACAUUUGAUAUGUUUCAAGUUCUUUUGAUUAAAAAAACGUUUUCUCAAGACAAUUUUUUUUAUUAAAUAAAUUCUUUUAUUAAUUAGACGCACUUGAAGAAUGAAAAAGUACUAAAGAAAAUUAUUUGAACCAUUUUGACAUCGACCUACAUGUAUUACAUGCGUCGACCCACUUAAGAUUUGACCAAAUGCGCGGUUAUUUUCACUAAUUACAACUGACAAUUUGUAGUUUAUUAUUAUUUUUUAAAGUAAUUUAAAAAAAGGAGGGAAAAUUCAAUACAGAUAAAAUGAUAGUCCUCUUUUAGUUUCUCUUUGGCCCCGCCCUUUCAUGUUAUUGUCCCCUUUUGCAACAUCCCUUUUGGGAAAAGCCAUGACAUAAUUAAGUAGUGAUUUAAGUUCAGAAUAAUGAUUGUUGUUGAUAGGGAAAAAUGAUAGUUAUCAUAUGUCGAGAAUAAAAUGUUAGGAAUAAAAUCGGCGCAGUUUUCGAGAUUGCAAUUGCACCAAUUAAUAACGAACCAUGAGAUAAGGGGCGAUUAAACUUAUUCCGCGAUCUCGCGACGAGAGUCGCGACUACAUUUGAACGUGAAUGCGUUUAAACAUAUAGUUCUCGAACAACGCGACGAAUGUUUGAUUGUUCGUUGCUUGCGCGCACGUAAUAUUCGUUCUCAGCGCGGCAGAGACUUUUCUACUUCCGCGAGAGGCGUAGGGAAAAGUUAAUUCACCGGAAGAUUCGCCACUAAAUGUGCACGACGCGAUAUGUCGUGAAAUUGUUCCUACUAAUAUAUAUAUAUAUAUAAUUCAUAAGUUAAUUUCAUUGACAACACAUUUAAUAGAUUCUACGUAUAUGAUAAUAAUAAGAAUACACGUAUAUGCGUAUUCUUUAUAUAUGCGUAUAAAAAAAGGAAAGAGAAAUUUAGCAAUAUGUAAUAGCGUGGCGCGGGUCAUACGCGAAAUGUUGGGAAAUGUUGAAAAAUUGGUGUUUUCUUACUGUAGAGGAUAAACUUUGCCAUGUUUUGCCGGUUGUUUGGUCAACUGAGCUGCAAUUGUGCAUCGGAUAUCUUGGCCCUUGGUGCGUGUCUUAACAUAACUUAAUGUGACUUAAACAUAAACUUGGAUUGAUCUCUGCAUGUAUUUUUUUGCUAAAAGAGAAGUGCUAUUAAAAUGUUGGGGCUUGUAAUACGAGUCAAGCAUGAAACAAUUUAAAAUUUCCGCAUGAAAAAUUACCAUAAAUCCUACUAAAAGGUUCCACGUGAGAAAUUACCUAUAUUAAAGUCACGGUAUUGUCAUAUAAUUAUAAUAUUGUCGUUUUCAUUAACGCAAAGAAAUUACGAACAAUUAUAGUAAUUAUAUUGCGAUCGCGUGUUGCUAUUGGAUACGAACACGGAAAAUUUGAGGAGUCAAGUAAAGAAAAGCUGCUUAUCUAAAAUGUCAGAGAAUCGUAAAAGUCAAGUCAUUUUAAAACGAGUCAUAAAAAGAUCGAGUUACCGUGUUUUUAUAAAUAAAAUUGUUUGUAAUAAAAUCUAUCUUGAUCGUGCAAGUAAUACGAUGAACACUUACAGACAAACUUGAUACUUUCGGUUACAAAGAUUCAAUUACUAAUCAAGAUUCAAUAGAAGCAUGCAUAUCUCUGCCUUGGUUUUUAAGCUCCGCCAUAGUGUUUGCUAUUCAAUGUUACAGAAAUAAAAUUUAUAGAUUCCAGCAUAUAAAUCACAUACUAACAAUUUGAUCGCUGAUGGAAUAUGGAUGGUUAUCUCGCGUAUAAAAUGUAUUUGACUGAAUGCUUUAUUUGCCAUUUAUAAUCAUUCGUUUAAGUAACAAAUUACGCAUCAGAAAUAUUUUAGAUUGCGAAUUGGAUUAAAAUUAAAAUAAUUUGAUUAAAAUUUUAAUCUUUAAUUCGUAAUUGACAAUUUUCAAUGCGUAGUCUCAGACAGGCUUUACAUUGGUUGCCUAAUAUUAAAUGGGAUUGACGAGUUUUACGUUCUAGUAACAUACUUAUUAACUUUUGCUUUAGCGGGAAUAUGCAUACUGCAUCUAUCUUAAUUUUGUAUCUCACAAUUCGAAUUCGAGUUCUACUAAACAAGACGUUCAGGAGUAUUUGGUUGCUCCUAUGCUAAAACUAUACGAUCUAUUGUGAAAAACAAUCGAAAGAUUCUGAUGUGUAAAAUGCCCUGAGAGACCAGGAGAACAGAAGAUGCUAUAUUUUUUGUUAUUUCUUCUCUGAGAAUGAAUUGACAUGUCCAACAUAUGAUUCCACGUUGAGUUUCAACGGUCACUUAUCAUGAUUUUCGUUGAUUUUGGAACAAGAUUCCUUACAGUGUUAGCUGUCUCCAAGUCUCCGAGGAAACAAAUAUUGUUAUAAUCAGGAAAACAGAUGGAUGUAUUAGAUUUCGCGUACGAAAAGUUAAAUAUUAUCACAGAUUCUUUUUUUUUCGUCCGUUAGAAUGGACGAUGUUCUCGAUUAAUUAUCUCGACUAACUUUUAGAUUUUAUUUUAUAUUGAGAAAAGAGUUAUUGGAAAAUGAAAAAUUCAGCCGAAGAUAAAACAGAAAUGACAUUUUCAAUCGGGCAUGCUUUAUGACAAUUCUCUGUCAUGCUAUUCAAUCUAUUCAGUGCUUCUAUUAUUUUUUUUUAUUUUUACGACACACGAGUUUGUUGUAUAAAAAAGAAGAUUGCAUCGAGUUAAAAAAAUUAGUGCCUAUUCAUGCUAGAUCCCACUCAAAAUCUACUCAAGUUAGCCUCAAUUGAGCUAUUGCUAAUACUAAACUUAAUUUCAACAUGAACAGAAAUCCUAAGGGAUGAAUAUACUAUUAGCAUAACUUCAUUUCGACUGUACAUGAAACGAGUAAAAAUAGGCGUAGGAAAUUGUCAUAUCAUACCUGAACCCAAUAUUUUUGGAUUACUUCUGUACUUCGUAUUCUAAUUAAGAAAUUGUGAGGGAUGGAAAGUUCAAAAAUAUGAGGUUCUACGUACGAUGCACAGUGAAACAGAAUCUAAAAAGCUGACCAAGUGUAGAAAAAUAUAUCAUUUAAUUCUUUUCGUACAAUUACUUUUUUGAUUUGUAUAAAAAUAUUUAUAUUUAAUACUUAUGUAUGUUAAUUACAACUAUGAGUAUAAUUAUAACUCAUUUGAACGAAAUUUUUAUUUAUCUUUGUUUUAAUGUUAUUAUAGUACUAAAUUAACCACCACAUUUAUGUAUAUAUCAUUUGAAAUGAGAUUCUAUUAGAAUAAAAUGUGUUAAAAUUAUAUGCCGCAAUCCUAAGUAGAAGAUUCUCAAUUGGCUUUUAUUUAUUAUUUUGUAUAAUAUUGUGUAUAAUUUGUGCAAUACAUCAGUAUUUUAAAACUCAUUUUUUUACAAAAACGAUUGCCGCAUUUUGUAUUAUAUAAAAAUGUAUAUUACAGCAUUUGAUAAUAAUAAUGAUAACUUUAGUGUACAUACAUGCGAGAUAUUGCGUGGUAAGCAAAUAUUGUAAGAGUAACAAAAAAGAAAAGUGAAACAGUUUAAAAGAAAGAAAAAGAAUAGAAAAGAGAAAAAAUUUUGAAAAAUUUUAAAAAAAGAGAAAAAUUUAAGAGAUUUGAAAAAAAGAGAACAAUUUAAAAGAUUUGAAAAAAAGAGAAAAAUUUAAAAGAUUAAAAAAAAAGAAAAAUUUAAAAGAUUUAAAAAAAAACUUUCAGACUGCCUGCUGCUUUGACAGUUUUGGCCAUUAUAUCGAAAAUCUUUUGGAAUACAUUUUUUGGGAGCAUACUCUUGCGCGGUUACACCAUCGCAACAAAAUAACAUAUCUUGCCUUCUAAUUAUUCAUAUGCAGAUUUAAAUAUCAAAUGAUUAAUGGAGUCGAUUCAGUCGAAUUAUACUAUUAAUUUUAUAUUAUCAGAAAAACUAGUAAUCAGUAUCAGUUUUUGCAGAUGAAUUCUACAAUAUAGCACAAAUCAGCUACCUACAAACCAGAUCAUAAAAAGUGUAGUCAAACUCUCCUAAGCUAUUAUCUGAUGCCAGUUUACAUAAGGAGCAAUAAAACUAACUUUGAAAGAGAGAAGAAAGAAAUGUUAAUUUAUUAUAUUCUAAUAAAAACAGCUAAAUUAAUUUAUAUGUGAAUUUAUCUAUGAGAGAUAAGAAAAUUUAUUGAGAAUAGGUUAUUACAUACGAUCUCUCAAAUAUUAAAAGAAAUUAUGCAUAUAAAAUGAUACAAAAGAAAUAUGCAAAAGAAAUUAAAUGGAAGAUUUGUGAAACAAGAAAACGAAUAUAUAUGUAAUAACAGAUAUACGAAACAUACCAUAAAUAAAACAAACAAAUGAAGAAAAAUUGAGGUGGUUUGGAGCUUUCAUCAGAUUUUCAUAUGCAAAAGGUACAAAUGUAUUUAAAAUUAAAAAAGAAAGAGAAAUAUUUAUAACUGUAUUAUUAAUAUAAAGUUUAUUAAAAAAAAGGUAUUAAUGGAAAAAGAAAUAUAUAAUAAGAGACACGUAUAAAUUUAGAGAUGAAAAAAUGAGUGAAAAAAAUAGGAGUGAUUUUAAUAUUCGCAAGAACGAGAAUUGUCAGAACACUAUCUUUCCUAUUUGAGUUAUAAGUUCACUGUACAAAGAAAAAAAAAAUGAAUGAACGUUGAGUUCUAACUAGACAAAGUGACACAAUCUUAAAACAAAAAUGACAUAAUCUUAAGUAAUUUUAUUUUCUCAGUAAGAUUUAGGGAAAUUUGGUUAAAAUUAAUUUAUAAGAAAAAAUUAUUUUGUGUUUUAAGAAUUAAAUAGUACGUAUAACUCUAUUACAUUAGUACAUAAUACAAUUAAGAAAAACAAGAGUAUAAUAAUAUUGCGAGAAAUUAUUUGAGUAAGAUAAUCUGAUAGAAUCAAUUCGAAAAUAUAAUGUGUGAUCGAAGAAAUUAAAUUACUCGUAAAAAAGGGGCUUUCCAAAAUAAAAGAAAUUUGGAAUAAAGUGCCGUCGCUUUAGAUGAUUAAAAAAGUGGAAAGUGGAUCUUUGAAAUGAUUGAUGAAUUAGUCCAUUCAGACGUAUUGUCAUAUCUUAUUCGUACACAAGAUAUUCAUCAAAGAUCAUCUAGAUUAUUUCCAGGACAAUGUAAAUAUUAUUUUUGACUUGUUCGUUUUUUAUUAACUUCUUUGUUACAUUUAAAAAUUCUGAUUGAACAGUAUGUUAUUGUUGUAUGCUUGCAAUACAUACACUAAUUAAACCAAUUUAUUACAAAUUUAAAAUUUGUAAACGAAAUUGAUAAAACGAACAAUGCUAAUGAGGAAAUAAUGAAAUUAAAGAAAAACGGUAAAGCGUUUUAAGCUCUUGAGUUAUAGACAUAUACUGAUUUGCACACACAAAAUAUACAUUAUUAUUAUUCAUUUAAUAUUCAUUUCAAUGUAUAUUUAUAUAUUUAAUAUUCGUUUAAGAAAAUAAAAUUAAUAUUAUUAAAAAUUAAAAUUAAGCUUCGUAGCUCAUGCAUAAGUCUUAUGUAUAUGUCAAUGUUUUAUGUCUAAUUAGAUCUUCGUUUUGGUCAGCUUUUUCGAAUUUUGCCUCACUGUGUACGAUGGUUGCCCUAUAUGAGUCAAAGACGCAGACGGUUUCAUUUCUUUUCUCGUUUUCUCUUUCUCGUGUUUUCAAGAUUGUUGAUUAUUUGAUUGGAUUCUAUGUGCAGCUAAUAUUCAAACAAGGCACUAUUGAAUAUAAUGUCCUGUAUAGAAAUAGAAUCAAAUUCAAUAUGUACUUAAAAAUGAGUCAAUAGUACACGACUCUUAUACUAGUUGUAAAAUUGUCAAGUUUAAAUUUAUUUAUGUAAUUAAUGUUUAUGUUUAUAUAUAAUUAAUUGUAUAAUUUCACGAUUUUAUUUAUGCAAAAUAAGAGAAAAAAAAAGAUGAAUUAUGCGUCACGAAUCGUAAACUUUUAAUCCGUUGAUCAAAUUAAUGCAUCCAAAUGGACAAAUUUUGUUGGGUUGAAUAGUUGGUUCCGUGAAUAAUUUUCCAUUUAUCACGAGCGUGUCCCGUUGUGAGUGCAACCACUUCUUGUCGCUGUGGAAAGCGAGGCAGCAGAUUGACAAUGCAUGUAACAAUGCCUUUCAUCUUCAGAGAGCGAUAUCUAUUUCACUGACUCAAAGUGCUAGACUAUAGAAAGGAACGAAAGGUCACUAACAAGGUAUGAAAUUAAUAAUAAAGUAGUUAAAAUUGGGAUAAAAAGGAAAUGUUUCUAGCUUAUAGGUUGUGCACAAUGCUCGAAGUAUACUUCUCAACUAUAGCUUUUAAGAUAGAGCCUUUUAAGACGAAUCUAAGAUUAAAAUUAGGUUUGUCGCGAGACGCCAAGCGUGAUUGUGCGGAAUUUUGAAGAGAGCAAUAUCCGUAAACGAUACUCUAGUAGCAUUCUAAUAAAGUUCAAAUUUUUUAGAACUUUUGAAAUGACAAAGUCAUUGAUCCCCGUUCGAUGAGAUUAAACAUGAUUAGAGUAAAAGUGUCUACUGAAAGAAAAACGUGGAAAAACAGAAAGAAAUAUACUGUGAAGUGAAUGUCUGACGUAAUUGUUUUAAAAAGUGUAACAUUGUAGAAAAGAGAAAUUGAAAAUUUAACUAGUCGCAUAACACUGCAUCAAAUACACGGAAAGAACGGCUCUGUAUUUAUAUUUAGCUAAAUAUAGAUCAGAAAAUUUUAUUAAACUAUCAAAAUAAUCAUGUUCACGAUAUUCAAGCAUAAUGAGCGAUGUUGCAAAAAAUUUCGAAAUUCUAAUAACUAGCUUGAACAUCCUACAUAAUUAUUUUAAUGGUGUAACAAAAAUUAUUUCCAGACCUCUGUAUGUAGCUAAAUUUUUAAAUACUUUAGUUAUUUUUUCCAUGUAGUUAAAAUCCGAGAAAAAACGUCCUUGCAGAGAUGGAAUAAAAUUAAUUAAUGUAAUAUCUGUUACGUACAUAAAAAUAAUACAUUAUUCUUCACUUGAUUUCUUAACUCAACAGUUUUACUUUUAGCAACUUAAGGGUUAUAAAUGAGGACAUUUACGUCAGUAAAACGCAAAUAAAACGAAUGUCAUAUUGAUCGCGUGUCGACACAAUACAUUUUCAGGAUGUUAAAACUUGACAUUGUACAUGUGUAUACGAAUGCAGCUGUAUACGAUUGUGACAUUUGUAUACGAUGCGCGCACGAGAGCCAAAAAGCGGGCACGCGUGAUGAGAUGAGAUUGCGCAUAUUUAUUGCCCGCGCCAUGCUGUACUAUGGAAGCGUCCGAUAUUUUACUACAAAUAUUGAUGUUCAACGGUGACGCUUUUUUUUCUUUUAUAGAAUGUUCGACUGUAAGGCGCGUUCAUAAUUCGCGAUCUAUCGAGCAGCAUUUUCAGACAGAGAUUGAAACGCGCGACGAUUCCGUUCUAGACUCAUGUUCCCGUGAAUCUAGAAAUUUCGCAUUUUUAUUUUGUCCACAGAUAAUCGCGUCCAGAGAUAACUUUCUCUCGUAAGGUAAAAAUGCGAGAAAAUUCAUCGAAGAUAUGCAAA